CUCAGCGGGCGAGUCGGACCUGGACGACGACGACAAUGUCGCCGACCCCGUCGAUACCGUCAGCAUCACCAUCUCGCAUCGCGGCCAGAAGCUGCCCUUUGAGCUGGACGCCGACAACACCGUCAUGGACCUGUUCUGCGAGAUCGAAGCCGUCCUCGAGAUUCCCAUCCAGAACAUUAAGGUCAUGGUGCCCAAGGGCCCCUUUAUCAAGUACCCCUUCAAAGACCCUGAGUAUUCGGUAAAGAACCUCGCCGGCAAGACAAUCUCCGUCAUGGGAUCAACCGCAACCGACGUCCAGGCCGUGCAGACCAUGUGCCACAAGCUGCACAAAAUCAAGGCCGCCCGCGAGGCCCAGCGAUCCAAGGCCAAGUCAAAGACGACCCGGCGUCGCACAGCCGCAUCGCCAGAAGAUCUCAAAUACACCUUUAUGCAGGUUCGGCCGCUGGGCGGGCUGCCUAAUCCAGAGCGCAGCCUGAAGCUGCUGAUGCGCCUCAAGGAGGAUCCGGGCAUCAAGGCAGCCAUGAAGAAGCACAAGUUCACCGUGGCGCUGCUGACGGAGAUGGAGCCGCUGGCACAUACCGAGUCGACGCACGAGGGAACGACACGCAUCCUGGGCCUGAACCGCAACCAGGGCGAAGUGAUUGAGCUGCGUCUGAGAACAGAUGCGCACGACGGAUACCGUGACUACAAGACGAUUCGCAAGACUCUGUGUCACGAGCUCACGCACAACGUCCAUGGACCCCAUGACCGACAGUUUUGGGAUCUUUGCCACCAGAUUGAGCGCGAGGUCGACGCAGCCGACUGGAAGACUGGCGGCCAGACAAUCGGCGAGUCAUCGCGCUACCACAUCUCAGGCCAGGAUGAAGAGGAAGACGUGCAUGAAGACGACGGCGGCUGGACAGGCGGCGAGUUUGUGCUGGGCGGCAGCAAGAUGAGCAGCGCGGGCCUCAGCCGACGAGAAAUCCUGGCGCAGGCGGCACUGGAGAGACAGCGAAAGGAGGCAGAGGAGGAGGCGACUGCGGUGGAAGCGGUGGAAAAGGGAUGGCGGCCGUGCCAGAGACCACAGCCACCGAACAAUGAUCGUAACUUGUGAAAAGGAGCGUGAGAGACAAAGGCAUUUGCAUUAGUUGGCGUUACUUAAUGGCAGGAGCAUAAGGCUUUCUUUUUUUUGUUUGGUUUUUGUGUGUUUGUAUCGGAGCUCCAUCACAGAUGGAAGGGAAGCAAUAUCUGGGUUUUAUUAGCGUGUUAAGAUGGAUGAAUUAUUUUGUGAGUGUAAGGAGAGAUUUUAAGAAAGAGAAAGGAUGAGACUCAUCUCAUAUCAAUCUACAAUUAUUUCUACUUG